GAGCGGGGCGGCGCGCGGGCGGCGCGCAUGCCCGCCCUGCCACAGCGCCCGGCGCUCACGCCUACCCCUCAGCCGGGCUGCGUGCGGCGGAGCAGCGGUACCACCAUGGAGGCCGUUCCACAGCCACGGCCCGCGGGGGCCGCCGCCGCCGCCCCGCCGCCGCCGCCCGUCGCCCCGGCCCCGGAGCAGGAGCGGAAGCUGGAGCAGGAGAAGCUGUCGGGGGUGGUGAAGAGCGUCCACCGGCGGCUGCGCAAGAAGUACCGGGAAGUGGGGGACUUUGAUAAGAUCUGGCGUGAGCACUGUGAGGAUGAAGAAACUCUGUGUGAAUAUGCUGUGGCAAUGAAAAACCUUGCAGAUAAUCACUGGGCAAAAACUUGUGAAGGGGAAGGCCGAAUUGAAUGGUGUUGCAGUGUAUGCCGAGAAUAUUUUCAGAACGGUGGGAAAAGAAAAGCACUUGAAAAAGAUGAAAAAAGAGCACUUCUUGCUUCGAACACCACUCCAGCUCCCAAGAUUGAAGAUCCUUUGCCAAACUUUGGCUUGACAAAUCAUGAAGCUAUAACAGAAGAGUUGCUCCACUCAUUGGGGAAGAUCAGAUUACUUGAUGUUGGUAGCUGCUUUAAUCCAUUUCUGAAAUUUGAAGAAUUUCUGACAGUUGGCAUAGAUAUUGUUCCAGCUGUUGAGAGUGUAUACAAAUGUGACUUCCUAAAUCUUCAAAUUCAGCAACCUCUCCAGCUGGCACAAGAUGCUAUAGAUGCUUUUCUUAAGCAACUGAAAAAUCCCAUUGAUUCUCUACCUGGAGAACUGUUCCAUGUCGUUGUUUUCUCACUCCUCCUUUCUUACUUUCCAUCCCCCUAUCAACGAUGGAUAUGCUGCAAGAAGGCACAUGAACUUCUCGUAUUAAAUGGCUUAUUGCUUGUAAUAACUCCUGAUUCAUCUCAUCAGAAUCGCCGGGCUAUGAUGAUGAAAAGCUGGAAAAUUGCCAUAGAGUCUUUGGGUUUUAAACGCUUCAAGUAUUCCAAGUUUUCUCACAUGCAUCUGAUGGCAUUUAGGAAAACCUCCCUGCAAACAACAAGUGACUUAGUUAGCAGGAACUACCCAGGAAUGUUGUAUAUCCCACAGGAUUUCAACAGUAUAGAGGAUGAGGAGUAUUCCAACACUUCCUGCUAUGUUCGAUCUGAUACAGAAGAUGAACAGCUAGCUUAUGGUUUUAUGGAGCUACCUGAUGCUCCUUAUGACUCGGACUCUGGAGAAAGCCAGUCUAGUUCAAUUCCUUUCUAUGAGCUAGAAGAUCCUAUAUUGCUUCUAAGUUAAUGUAGUUGUUGAAAUGCCCUUUCAGUCAAACCUCUUGCUUAACUAAUUUUGCUAUACUAACAUGGGCUCAACACACAAAAACGGUUUGCAUAAAGAAAAUGCAAAGGUUUACAGAGUUUGCUAUUUUUUUCUACUUUGAAUUUUAAAAUUUAUUCUUGUAUGAAAGUGAAAGAAAUACAAGUUUUAUGCAAAUGACUCGCGUCAUAGCAUAAAUUACUGUUACUUUCUUUAGAUUUGUAUCACUAAUUUUUUCCAGAAAGGUACCAUUCUUUUCUUUAGUGCUGUGAAGUGUGAAUUCUAUUUAAUUUGUUAAAUGUUGUUUCAAUAUUUUAACUCGGUGUGGUUGAGCUUAAGGCACUGGAGUUGGUGGGCUUCUGAGAAGUAUUUGUAGAAAGAAAUAUUGUGCACUUUAAUUCAAUGUGCAGAAAGGUUAAGACACUUGGUUACACGUGUCCCUUCUUAAUUAGGGAAAAAAACUUUUCUUCCAAAAUCUGUUUCACUCUGGGCUGGAGAAACUAUAAUUCUUGCACAUUUGAUUUUAUGUUUAUUGCAGCCCUCUUGAGAUAACACCAAAUCAAGAUAACACCAAAACACAGGAAUUUAUUAAUCCAUAGUUAUACAUAUUAUGUAAUUUCACUGCAUAAAUAGCAGUUAGACAUGAAAUUUCUGAAGAGGUUAUCCCCCCCAGAGGAGUAUGGUACGUCUAGACAAUUAUGUUUCACUUCAAAGCUGGAACAUGAUUUUGCAAUUUUGUGAGUGUACAAGCACUAACAUAUAUCAGUAUUUCUCCGAUGAUGGUGUUCUGUAUUCUCUUCAAACCAUGUUUUUUGGGGGACAGGGUAGGUUUUGUCAUGUUUUAAAGUAAAUUAUUUAUGCAUUUUAAAAUCAACUUUUUUCUUUAUUUGCCCUUAUUUGUAGACCUCCCAAGUUAUAAGGUAACUACAGAUCAAUUUUGUGAAAACAAACACAAUUACACAAGUUUUUCAAAGAUACACUUAUUUGCGCAAAGCCACAUAUUCAGUGAAUUGGACCCAAAAAUCUUCUGCUUAGUUAAGUAAAAACUCCAUAGCUGUCUGAAAACUGGUCUGUGCUGUAAGAACAGGGAACAGAAGUUUUUUACAUCUGAGUUUUCAAAUUUGUGUAAUAAAUUUGUGAGUUUUUGCUGGAAAAAACAUAUCUGUUCAAUAGUAAAAACAGAGGAUUCACUAUUACUUUAGCUUAGAUUUCCCUCCAUUUAAAAAUAAUGGUCAGAAUCUUCAGGUUUGAAUGUUAGGCUGUUAAAUCUGUAAGUGCCUAAUAACAAAUGAUUUGAACUAGGUGCCACAUCAUGGUUUUAAGACUGACUUCAGCAAAAUGGUAGAAAAUACUAAUAAUGUACUUUCACAACUAGUUGUGAUGAUACACACCUUAUACCAUAUUAACUUACCAUGUUGUACUUAUAAUACAGACGUUACCAGAUAAACUGAAAUUGUAGUGUGGAUUUUACGGUGGUUGCUACAAAAAGGAAACUACUCCUUUCACUGAAGUUUUGCACUGACAAGUGUCACAGUUUGACCUAUGUGUUUUUCUUUUACACUGUUUCCUACACAGAGUCAUACCACAUUGGUCCAUCUUACACUCAAACAUGAUCUGGACUGCAAUGCUUUAUUCUUUAACAUAAGCUUUUUGUGUUUCCCUUCUUAAAUUUAAAGGGUCCCUUUGUACCUGAUUCAAAUUUGUUAUUCAAUCUGAAUGAUAUAUAUAAACCAAAUAAUUAUGUUCUGAUGUGUUAAGAAAAAAGUUUAGAUACAGAAGUAUCGGGGUUGAUUUUUUUGAGAAUACUUCUCUAAUGAAAUAUAUAAUGGUUUCAAAAUUGGCUUUAAGUCAAUAUUUGCAUCCAGUGCUUUCCCACUUCACUUUCACUAAAAUGUUUGUCAUUCACAGCCUUUCUUCUUCCCAGUUAACCACUGACUCCAGCAGUGCUCAUGUUAAAGCUAAAAUACUGGUGCUAUAAAUUCAGCUGUUUAUGGAAACAAUCUGUGCAUACUUCAAAAUGUACCUAACAUUUGAACUGAUACUCUUUUUAACAACAAGUUAUGGACCAGCUGAAGUGUAUGUUGGCAUUGUUUAAUUGUAAACCGGUUUGUGAUUCAUACAAAAAAGCAAUUUAGACCAAGAUUUAUCCGCCCCCAAAAUAGUCUAUAAUAUUAACAUUUAAAUUUAAGCCUUUUUGGCAGGUUGGUGACACCAUUGUAUUUGUGGUUUAGGGACCUGAGAUUCAUAACAGCUUGGUUUUCUUGCUGCUCCUUUUAAAUAGCUGAAGGGGGGGUGUUUUGUUGUUGGUAUUUUUGUUUUGGUUUUGGUUUUUGCUUUUUGUUGUUUUUUUAAUUUGUUUUUUGGUGGGUUUUUUUUUUACAAGGGACAGUAGAUUGUGGUGGAGGAGGAAAGUGGGAUUUGCAUAAAUACACCUCCCUGAACAAUAAAGUGGUGAUAUCAGGAGUUGUUGGAUAUUUGGCUUUAGUGCAAGAAUGUUUCUAGGUUAUGAAAUAUUUGAAAAUAUGACUGUGCAAGAGAUCUCUUGUUCUUAAGGUGCUGGAGGGGAAAAGGAAAAAAUGUGUAUUUGCAUUUCUGUUGUCUUUAUGUCACUACUUUUUGUGAACAAAGCACAUUUAUUAAAAAACACAAAAAACUGAAAA